AUGCCUGAUCAUAAAUGGGAUAUGGAAGGUACUUUUGCGGAAAACAUGGACCAGAAGGAGGAUGCUGAUUUAUUGCUGAAUUAUUUGAAUGUGUCUGAUGUUGUUAGCAUUAUGGAAACUUUGUAUCUGGACAGGGAAUCUUGUGCUGACUCAGAAAGUACAGUUACAGUGUGUCACGAAGACUACCAGUACGAGGAAAGGUCAGAAUCUCUCAUUCUUAGCGGUCAAGAAUCCUCCUUCUUGAUGUCUGUCAAAUAUGGAACUACAAAGGACUUACUCAGCUUUGUAAAUCAGGUGUCGGAUGCAAAAAGUCAUUUACAUAUGUAUGUCCAGCAGGAGUGUGGAAUCGUAUUGAAUAAGAAGCUAACGGUUAAAGGUGGUCGCUACCAAAAAGACAUGGACGUGCUGUUAUUUCCCUGGAAGAUGACCUACAAAAAUAUUGGCUCUGAAUUUGUUCCCAGUGGAGCUUUUGGAAAAGUACAUUUGGCACAAGAUCUGGAAACCAGAAAUCGCAUGGCAUGCAAACUGAUUCCGGUGGAACAGUUCAAGCCAGCAGAUGUGGAGAUUCAAGUACAGUUUUGCCAUGAGAAUAUAGCAGAGUUGUAUGCGGCCAUAUUAUGUGACAAUAUGGUGCAUCUUUACAUGGAGGCCGGAGAAGGAGGCUCUGUCAUGGAGAAACUUGAAAGCUGUGGUCCUUUGCGGGAGUUUGAAAUAAUAUGGGUGGCCAAACAUAUUCUUAAAGGGCUUGAUUUCCUGCACUCCAAAAACGUCAUCCACCAUGACAUCAAACCCAGCAACAUUGUGUUCAUGUCAACAAAAGCCGUUUUAGUGGACUUUGGCCUCAGCGUCCAGAUGACUGGAGAUGUGUAUUAUCCAAAGGACUUGAGGGGAACUGAGUUGUAUAUGAGCCCAGAAGUGGUUCUGUGCAGGGGGCACUCAACCAAGUCUGAUAUUUACAGCAUGGGGGCAACAAUUAUUCACAUGCAGACUGGGAAUCCUCCAUGGGUGAAGAGAUACCCACGCUCGGCAUUUCCGUCAUACCUCUAUAUAAUACACAAGCAAGCCCCGCCAUUAGAAGAUAUCGCAGAAGACUGCAGUCCUGCCAUGAGGUCCUUUCUCACAGAAUUACUAGAAAGGAACCCCAAUAAGCGUCUCUCUGCCGCUGAACUCCUGAAACACGAGGCUUUGCACCCCCCUCCGGAGGACCAACCGCGCUGCCAGAGCCUCGACACGGCUCUUCUCGAGCGAAAGCGAUUGCUCAAGAAAGAAGUAGAGCUGCCAGAAAAUAUUGCAGACACUUCUCUGUACAUGAGUGAAGAUUCAGAGGUGCUCAGGAGACAGCGUUCCCUGUCCCUUGACCUGGGAGCUCUCGCUGGCUAUUUUAACAUUGUCAGCGGACCAACUACUUCGGAAUAUGACUGUCUGUAAUGAAAAACUUUGCAGAAUAAGCUAAAUCUCAGCAUUGCUGGCACCAACUUUCACCGACGCAUUUCAUUCUUCAUCUUUAUUACUGAGAGGGACAUCUUCGUGAAAUUCUGGUCCGUGGUGGUUCCACA